UUUAACAGGAUCUAUUGUACUUGUUGGCAGCCUUGUUUUAUUAGUUACAGUUGUACUGUUCUGGCCAGGUUCUUUUGCCGUCCCGGGAAAGGUAAAAAAGGAAAAAGGAAAAAAAAAUAACAGUAUAACGGUUUCGCUCUCGUUGAUUUUCUCGUCGUAUCCGAACUUCGUUUUCGCUUUGCGCGUGCAUCCUGAUCUGGAAGGACAGAAAUGUCUUGGCCGUAUGUUUGCUUUCUUCGGUCCAACCAUGCUCUAAGACUAUGGGAAAUCAUCUAGUAUGCAUCUGAUAAUUGGAUACAUAUGCUCUAUUUCUUCACAUUUACAUUUUUGAAGGCAACUAGGAAACAGAAGAACAAGACCUAAUGAGAUUUAGAGCCAAAGUAUGGAAGGAAAAGGAAGAUGAAUGCAAGAACCUUGGUGGUUGGUGUGGCAGGAACGGAACAGAAGAAUUUCCAACACCAAAGCCAGAGGGAGAAGCAAAAGUAGCUGCCCAAUUGUGCAGGAGUUAAAUCAGAUAGAGCUUAGCAGAGCUUAGCCUGGUAAUUUCAAGAGCUACGAGAGCAGUUCUCCUUUUUAUCAGAUGUACAUCUUCUUUUCCAGUUGCCUCGCCUCUCCUCGGGCUCUUCUUUUGUAAGACUCUGUGUCUUUUUAAUCGCAUAAUCUAAUUUUGAUUUUGCAGAGCUCCUGCCUUGCUUGUCCAAAAAAGAAGAACAAGGGCCAGAUGAAUAUGGCCUACCUCCCAGUUCUCAUCUACUUGCUGCUCAUCUCUUUCUGCAAAUGCGAUGAUCAGCUGACACAGGUAAAUCGAUUGAUCUCCCCCAGCGGCAAGCUCGUCUCCAAGAGCGGCGUCUUUGCACUCGGUUUCUUCUCCCCAGCCACUUCCAACCAGAGCUUAUUCCUCGGCAUAUGGUAUAACAACAUCCCAGAGCGAACAUACGUUUGGGUUGCUAACCGUGACAACCCAAUCACCACACCUUCAUCAGCGAUGCUCGCCAUCAGCAAUAGUUCUGACCUUGUAUUGUCAGAUUCCAAAGGUCGCACCGUCUGGACGACAAUGGCAAAUGUCACCGGAGGUGACGGAGCUUAUGCAGUGCUGCUCGACUCAGGAAACUUGGUUCUCCGGCUGUCAAACAAUGUAACCAUAUGGCAAAGUUUCGAUCACCCAACUGACACCAUUCUGUCGAACAUGAAGAUUCUGCUGAGGUACAAGGAGCAAGUAGGCAUGCGGCUUGUAGCUUGGAAGGGCCUUGAUGAUCCAACAACGGGGGACUUCUCAUGCAGCGGAGACCCCAGCUCAGACCUUCAGGUCUUCGUCUGGCACGGGACCAAGCCAUAUUACCGCUCCAUUGUGCUUGACAGUGUGUGGGUGUCCGGCAAAGCAUAUGGCAGCAGCACCUCCUUCAUGUACCAAACAUAUGUAAACACACAGGAUGAGUUCUAUGUUAUCUACACCACCUCUGAUGGCUCACCAUACAUGCGCAUCAUGCUUGACUACACGGGCACCUUCAGGCUCCUGAGUUGGAACGUCAACUCGUCAUCAUGGGCAAUCUAUUCUCAACGCCCAGCAGCCAUUGGCGAUUGUGAUCCCUACGGCUCGUGUGGCCCAUUCGGUUACUGUGACUUCACGUCGGUCAUCCCAAGAUGCCAGUGCCCGGAUGGAUUUGAGCCUAACGGCUCCAACUCUUCAAGUGGAUGCCGGAGAAAGCAACAAUUAAGAUGUGGAGAAGGGAACCAUUUCAUGACCAUGCCUGGAAUGAAGCUCCCUGACAAGUUCUUUUAUGUCCAGGACAGAAGCUUUGAGGAGUGCGCGGCUGAGUGUAGCCGAAACUGCUCAUGCACGGCCUAUGCUUACACCAACUUGACCAUAACCGGCUCUCCCGGUACCACAGCCAGCCAGUCAAGGUGCUUGCUUUGGGUUGGUGAGCUUGUUGACAUGGCGAGGAACAAUCUUGGUGACAACUUGUACCUCCGGUUGGCCGACUCUCCAGGUCAUAAAAAGAGCAGGUAUGUAGUCAAGGUUGUAGUCCCCAUUAUAGCAUGCGUGCUAAUGCUCACGUGCAUAUACCUUGUCUGGAAAUGGAUAUCAAAAGGUACAGCAGGAGCCAAUACUCAACACCGACUCAUAUCAUGUUUUCCUCCUGUAAUUGUACUUAUGAUAUUGAUGUUCCUAUUAGGUGAAAAGAGAAAUAAUGAAAAUCAGAAUAGAGCGAUGCUAGGAAACUUUAGAGCUUCUCAUGAAGUAUAUGAGCAAAAUCAGGAAUUCCCAUGUAUUAAUUUUGAAGAUGUUGUCACUGCAACAAACAAUUUUAGUGAUUCAAAUAUGCUUGGAGAAGGAGGUUUCGGCAAGGUUUAUAAGGGCAAGUUGGGAGGUGGCAAAGAAAUUGCGGUUAAAAGACUCAGUACAGGUUCCACACAGGGAUUAGAGCAUUUUACAAAUGAAGUGGUCCUUAUUGCCAAAUUGCAGCACAAAAAUCUUGUUAGGCUUCUUGGUUGCUGCAUUCAUGGAGAUGAAAAGCUCCUUAUUUAUGAAUACUUACCAAACAAAAGCUUGGAUCACUUCCUUUUUGAUCCAGCAAGUAAAUUUAUUCUUGAUUGGCCAACAAGGUUCAAGAUAAUCAAAGGAGUAGCUAGAGGACUUCUUUAUCUCCACCAAGAUUCAAGGUUAACUAUAAUUCAUAGAGAUCUCAAAACAAGCAACAUCUUGUUGGAUGCGGAUAUGAGUCCUAAGAUAUCGGAUUUUGGUAUGGCAAGAAUCUUUGGCGGAAACCAGCAAGAAGCAAAUACUAACCGAGUUGUUGGAACAUACGGUUACAUGUCUCCUGAAUACGCAAUGGAUGGGGUCUUUUCAGUCAAGUCUGACAUAUAUAGCUUUGGUGUUAUACUCUUGGAGAUUGUAAGCGGUUUGAAGAUUAGCUUACCUCAGCUGAUGGAUUUUCCCAACUUGUUGGCCUAUGCAUGGAGAUUAUGGAAGGAUGAUAAGACCAUGGAUUUGGUGGACUCAUCCAUUGCUGAGAGUUGCUCAAAAAACGAGGUUUUACUAUGUAUCCACAUAGGCCUGUUGUGCGUGCAAGAUAAUCCAAAUAGUAGGCCACUCAUGUCUUCUGUUGUUUUCAUGUUGGAGAACGAACAGGCAGCACUUCCCGCUCCAAUACAACCUGUGUAUUUUGCACAUAGGGCCUCUGAAACCAAACAAACAGGGGAAAAUACCAGCAGCUCUAAUAAUAACAUGAGUCUCACGGUAUUAGAGGGACGGUAGAUGUUUAUGUUACCUAUUUUCUGCAUAGAAAGCAUUUAGAUUUUACCACUUCUGUAAUUAGUUUGUUCUUUUCCAUAAAAUAUUAGAAACAAAGGGCAGAUGUUACAUUUUUUUUGGAUGAGUUUUUUCUUUUAUCAUGGCCCUUGAGAUGGUAUUUUUAAUGUGCAGGUAUUACAAAAUAACAGUAGAUAAUGUGGUUCUCGAUACACUGUCCUGCAAAAGAAUCGCAACAUAUUUUUACCAUCAAUUCAUUAAACUAUUCUAAGUUGGAUGUAUACAGUUUAAAA